UCGAUAAGCCGUUGCAUACACCGUGUGACUGACGCAAUCAACAAUUCAAUGUUUACCUCCAAAGUGAAGUUCCCUAUGACGCAACUGGAGUGCCAAGCGGCAAAGGAAAUUUUUGCGUCUGCACCUUCACCAUUUGUAGCAGGAACUAUCGGUGCAAUCGACUGCACCCAUGUUGCAAUUUUGGCUCCCAAAAAUAAUGAAUCAAAUUAUGUCAAUCACCAUGGGUACCAUUCGAUGAACGUGCAAAUGAUAUGUGAUCCAAAUCUUAAAAUUUUAAACGUGAAUGCAAAAUUUCCGGGAGCACGACAUGAUUCGUUUAUUUGGAGCUUCUCUGCAGCGCGUCGGGUCAUGCAGCGAUCAUUUGAAACUGGAAAUCACAACACGUUUUUGAUAGGCGAUUCUGGAUACCCGCUGGAGCCAUGGCUGAUGACACCUUUACCAAACGAGCCAGAAGGAACACCAAAGUUUCGCUACAACGAGGCGCUAUGUAAAGCACGUAACCCGAUCGAGAGACUCUUUGGCGUCCUUAAAGGCACAUGGCGGUGCUUAUCACGGCAAAGAGUACUUUUGUAUGACCCCGGCUUUGCUGGCCGAGUAGUUAACGCGUGCGCAACAUUGCAUAACGUUCGUUUGGNACGUGCGCAACAUUGCAUAACGGUCGUUUGGGCG